AUGUUCUUGUUAGAUAAUGACGAAAUAUAUGAGAACUAUACGAGGAUUUCACCACCAAUUCCAAAAUUUACAGUGAGUUUUGGGAAAUUCAGAGGGCGUGGGAAAUUCAGUGUUUGCUUGAAGCUAUGGUUCAAUAUGAGAUGAAUGUUAAUAUGAGCAAUGCUCUAAAAUUUUUAUGUUUAGCGGGUUCUUUUAACUAGAAAUUAUUCCUCACCCCACACGUGACUAGAAAUUUUUGCUCACUCACAUCAAUCAAAUGUCAAACUUUCAACUAUUUGCAUUCAUUUUGUUAGUUUCCGGUAACUCUUUAGAAGAAUUUUUUACCGCACAAUUUUUCACUCUAUUCAAAAAAUUUGCAAGGUGCGUCCACCCUUUUUGCAAAAAUAAUGUGUUUUUUUGGAAUUUUUUUUUCUGAAAAAAAGGAGAAUAGAUUUUUUUUUGUUUUUUGUGUUUUCAAAAAAAAAAUAGUAGCUAAUUUUUCACUUUUUCGAGGGAUUGGAAAACUGUUCGGAAUAACAAAACACUCAAAAGGUUCAAGAAGAUUUGAGUGGUCAAAAACCCAAGGGCAAAAAAUACAAUACAAAAAAUUUAGUUGUGGACAAGGUUAAAAAUUUUCUAGUUGUGAGUGGCAAAUUCAAAAAGAGGGCUUGGGGGGCUUUAGGGAGGCUUUUUGUGGACUUUAGGGAGCUUCGGAAGAUUUUAAGAAGCAUUAGAGGAUUUCAGAUGCUUCAGAGGUCUUUAAAGGCUUUAGGGGGCUUUAGGCUUUUGCUCUUUAAAAUGAAAUGUUCGGAUAUUUGAAAACCCGAAGAUUACUGUAGUAAAGUUCUAUUAGAACUUCUAAACUUCAAAAGUCUGAAGUGCACCCAAGUUCAGAUUAAUUUUUAGUUCCCCUUUCCCCUUUAUAACUCAUUUUUUGCUCACUCGAAUAACACAAAUAUCUCUAUAAGAAAAAAAUAUGAUUUCUCAACAAAUGUAACAUCUCCUUCCUCAAUUAGACACAAAACCUGCCAGCCUGUCAUGUAUUCGUUUCUCGUUUUUUUUCAAUUUCCUUUGUUUUGGUCUUUCUCGAUAUACGCUCAUUUUCAGAGAAAAAUUUCCAUUAUUUCUGUUGAUUAGAUAGAUAGCCUUUCUUUUUUAUUCAUUUCAAUAUUUUUUGCGAAUCAGUGAAGGUUUUAGGGGCUUUAGAGACCUUAAAAAUGCUUUAGGGGGCUUCAGAAGGGGAUCCAGGAAGAUUCUAAGGGUUCAGGGAAUCAGUGAAGCUAAAUUUUUAAAGAAACUUUUUUCUUUUCAAUAUUUUUUCAUUGAAUAGUUCAUUUAUUAACAAUGCACUUCCGUUUGAAUUGUUGUUGUUUGUGAAAAAAGUUUUUUUUUUUUCGAGUCGCGAGAAAUAUAACUUCAUCAUGCGUGCUCUUUUUCAGUUAUUUUUCUCAUACACUUUCUCUUUUUCCAGUCACAAAAAUACUCAAAAAUAGAAAGUUUUCAGAACAACCCUCCCUCCUUCUUCUUUUUUUUUAUAAUCAACUUAGGAUUUCCUCGUUUCUAGUUUCUUCUACAUAGUUUUACUUCCUCAGUCAGAAUCUCAAAUUUCAAAGUUAGAAUAACUGCAUUUUUUGAUCUUUAAAACUUUCUGAUCUUAUUAUAGAUAUCCCAUUGUUGUUUUUUCUACUUUUUCCUAGCUUUUUCCCUCCCGAAAAAGUGGGCGUGGCUGAAUAAAUUAAAUCCUCGAGCUGAAAAUAUGUAGUUUUAUUUUAUUUUUCCAGUUUUUUUCUAUCUGCUGAAAAUAGCAGCUUUUUGGUUUAGACGUGCAUAUUUUAAAUAUGACAUUUUUGACAACGGUAACAAAAACCCGCGUGGUCAACUGGCAUACAUUUCUGUUUUCUAAUUUCUAUACCAAGGUUCGACCCCACCAGCGGCCCAAUUUUUUUAAUUUUUGAAAUUGAAUUCUUUGUUGACGGAACUUGUGCUUUUCGUGUCAACUCGAACCUUCCUUUUUCUUCAUUUCAAAAAUCAAACAUCUUCCAAUUUAUUUUCCUGACCUCUUCCUUUUGCUCUUUUGAAAUUGCAAUUGCAAUAUUGCUCCUCGAAAUACAUAUAGUGUCAAUUCAGACUCGAGACAUCUUCUUCUUCAUUUUCCAAGGAGAAUGGUUAUAGUGAGUUUGAAAUAUCUAUAUCUAUAUUUUCUCACACUAAAUUUUUCCUUUCCUUUCAUUAAUACGAAAUUAGAUCUUCUUUCUUUCCUUUCAAAUAUCAAAUUUUUUGCGAGACAAAAGGUUAGGGGUUCCAAAAAUAAUCUGGAAAGGAGCUUUUAGAAAAAGUAAUCUAAUUUAUAACAACUUCUGAGAAUAGAAAAAAAAUCAGAAGUUUUUUUUGGUAAUAAAAUACAAAUAAAAGGUAAAAGAAAAACAAAAGAAAAAUAAUGAGAAAUCGAGAAAAAUACUGAAAUAUUCAAUAGGAAUGUGUGUGGAACAAAGAGCCAAAUUCAAAAAAAAAUAUAUAUUCAAAUAAUUUCAGGGACUUCGAGUGUAUGUUGCAACAACUUAUAUCUGUUUCAAUUUUAUUGGAUUCGCAAUCAAUUUAUGGGUUCUUUAUGUGGUUGCACCAUUGUUAUUUGCCCCGGCAAUCAAGGUAAAAUAUUCUGUUUUCUCUUGAAAAUAUAAAUAAUUCGUAGUUUUUAGUGAGUAUGUCAUGAAAGGUUAAACUUUAUAUUUCUUCCGGGUAACUUUUACAUUUAAUGAGAAUGAGGGAAGAGGUCAAAAAUUAAAUAGACACCACGAAGAAGUAAUGAAAUCCCAAGAGGAUAUUUGAUCGAGAAAAAAAGUUUCAAAUUUUCGGGAACUUAUUGGUAUACGGUACAUCGAUCAAUAAUCUCGCGAAGUUUUUGAAUAGGACUUGAGGAAUCGGACCAGGCUAGUCCAAAUUCUGAAAAGUGAGAGAUUCAGAGAAACACUUUUUUAAAAUCUACCCCUUUUUCCAAAAAAAAAAGUUUCUUUUUUGAGGCCCGGUGAUUCUGGGUGAUAAAUUACACAAACAAUGAUAUUUUUUAAAAUAAAAAUAUACCCCGAUAUGUUUUUUUAAAAAAAUUCUCGUCUUCCAUCCAUCAUCAUUUUUAUUUUCCAGGUUCCAAAAUCAAUCCUCUUCUACAUUUUUGCACUAUGUGUUGGUGAUUUGAUGACAAUGGUUGCCAUGUUUUUAUUAAUCAUCGAUUUGGUCUUUGGAACUUGGCAAUUCUCAGAUUGGGUUUGUAAAUCAUAUUUGAUCUUUGAUUCGAUGAAUAAGUCAGUUUUCCAUUAUUUUUAAAUAUACUUAAUUCCUAAAUCCGAUUAUAUUAAGAUUCAUGGCACCAAUGAUAGUAUUUCUGAUAAGUCGAACAUGUUAUUCAACAGUUUGUCUUGAUAAAAAAGCGGGAGAAAAAGCAGCGACUUUGAAAAAUGCAAUUGUUCAAUUUUGUGUUGCAGUCGUUUUUGUUCUCAUUCUUCUGUGGCCAGUUUUUGCGUAUUCCCAGGUACUGUAUUUUUAUUUGGAAACUUUAUAAUUUUUCUACAUAUUUAGGUAUACGAAUUCAAUAUGAAUCCAAACAAUGUUACGCAAGAAAUCAUACACAUGAAGAAAUGUGGAUUUUUUCCAUCGACCCAAAUUCAAUUCUGGUUCAAUAUUAUUGCCUGUUUCACUUCGUAUGCUGUUCCACUUUUUGGAAUUGUUUAUUGGUAAGACAUUUUUGGGUUCAGGAAAUUAGAGUUUUUAAAAUAAUUCUGAAGUUAGAUUGAAUGAGAAAAUAUAAGCCUGGUUCUCAAAACUGAAAAUUUCAAAGAGCCGCGACUUGGGAGCGUAAUUGCCAAGUAGCCGCGUCUAGAAAAUUCAAAUUUCAACGAUCAGCGCCUACAGAUGCUAGUUCUCAAGCAGCGGCGCCUAGAGAUUUUAAUUUUCUCGAACCCGCAUCUAGAGAUCCUCUUCGUCAAGGAUCCGCGCCUUGAGCGUUUGUAUGCGAAGUAGCCGAGCCUAGACAUUCUAGCCGCACCGAAACAACCCCUUUUUGAGCUCUAAAAAUAGAUACAACUAUGAUUUCUGAACAAAAGCUCAAAAAACUUCAUUCCUUUCCUUUCUCUCUUUGGUCUUUAAUGGAAGAGGAAGUUUAAAUAUCUGUGACGCAAACAUUAUCGAUGAAGCAUGAAAAAUCAUGUCUAUUUUAGGUAUGUCUCUGUUCCAUUCUUCCUCAAACGUCGUGCAGUUAAUGCUCUUGUUACUUCAAGGUUUGCUAAAAAUAGAACUUGUCUAAAAAUCAAAUAAUUUUUUCCAGCUCAACUGAUGCAGCAUUGAAAAAAGUUAUCACAACUGUUUUGUUGUUAACAGUAAUUUAUGUUGUCUGUUGGACUCCUUAUUGGAUUUCAAUGUUUACCUCACAUCUUUUGGUUAUGGAUAAAAAACAUGGUAUGUUGCUUGAAAUAUUAAAAAUUUUCCUGAAAUUAGAUUUUUCAGUGAUCAUAAUAUCUUAUAUCAUCCAUCUUUUGCCAUAUAUUAGUUGUGUUGCAUAUCCAUUGAUUUUCACAUUAUUAAAUCGAGGAAUCAGAUCUGCUCAUGCAAAAAAUAAAGAGGAUAAUCGACGUCGUUUCCGAAGUAUGACAGAUGAUGCAAGUACACAAGUUAGAACUGCGAUUCGAUCGAUUCCUGGAGCAAAACCAAUUUCAAAUCAACAAAAACAGAAAACAGAAAUCACCUAUGAUGCUUCAUCAAAUGAGAAAAAAAUGUCGGAAAACUCAUUUCCUGAUGAAACUCUACUUUGAUCUAAUUUGUUUUGUACUCUUUAAUAAUUUAUGACGGGUUGUUCUCUUGUUUGAUAAAAUCUUGGCAUUAAAAUGAUGUGUGUUUGGAAAACUAUACAAACUUCCUGCAGAAAAGUAAUGUGUUGUUUUUUUUGUGUUAACUUUUUUUUUGAGUGAUAAGAGUUCAGUUGUGAAAAACAAUACUAAUACUAUUUAUGUGCUGCCUCAUAAUUUUGCUCUAUUAUUUUUUGGGGUGAGUUAAUUUGCAAGAGAGUUUUAGUUUUCGGCUGGGUUUAGAAUUAGCCUAACUCCAGAAGUUCCGAAAGUUAUAUGCUAAAAUUUUUAACUACAAUAAACACAAUUUAAAAUUUUAAGGCUACAAUAUGAAACUAAAAUAAUCCUAGUUCAAAUGUUAGACUACAGUAACACAAAUUAAGUUCAUAACCUACAGUAACCCUAAGGAAAUUCAACUUUUAAACUACAGUAUCCCAAAUCCAAAUUAUAAGACUACAGUAACACAAACUUUUCUAUUUAAAAAAUAUCAGAAAUCGACAACAAACCUCUCCGUCAAAUGAAAAUGGAAACAGCAAUUUGGGAUUCAGCACAGAUCCUCCACCAAAUUAUGAUGAAGUUAUGAAAAAUUCAAGUGAUUUACCGACUUAUGAUCAAGCUAUGAGAGCAAGGUUCGUUCCCUUGAACUUCUAAUGAUUUCAAAAAUUUUGCAGAUCAGUUUCAUAUAUAAUUGAUAUGCAGCAAUCAACUUCAGAACAAAUAUAA